AUGCCAUAUAUUCAGAAGUUGUAUGAUAUCUGCAAGGCUUCUUUGUCUACUGAGGGGCCUAUUUCAGAAGAAGCUCUUGAAAAAGUCCGAGCCGUUUUAGAUGGGUUGAAGCCUUCUCAUGUUGGUCUUGAACACGAGGCGCAGCUGGCGCGAGGUUGGAAAAGUUCUGUGAAUGGUCGUAACGGGAAAAAGGGGAGAGAUGAGACUCAUCACGAAUCCGAACCGCCUAUUAAGUACAUUCACCUUCAUGAGUGUGACAAAUUCUCUAUUGGAAUAUUCUGUAUGUCUCCAGGUUCCUUAAUUCCGCUUCACGAUCAUCCUAGAAUGACGGUUUUAAGCAAGGUUCUAUAUGGUUCGCUGCUUGUGAAAGCAUUUGAUUGGAUUGACUUGCCUGCGUCGUAUAAUCUAUCCCAAGGUGCAGCGAGACCCGCAAAACAUGUCAGAGACUGCCAAAUGACUGCUCCUUGUGACACAACAAUUCUUCAUCCGAAUAGGGGCGGCAACCUCCAUUGCUUCAAAGCCGUAACCCCUUGCGCUCUCUUUGACAUUCUUUCUCCACCGUACUCGUUAGAAGAAGAAGAAAAUGGAAGAAACUGCUCUUAUUUCCUUAAGUCGCCAAAGACAGAUCUUCCAGUGCUUGAGGAGCUGCGCGGAAUGAAUCCAUCUGAAGUCACCUGGCUAGAAGUGGUUCCACCGCCCAACGAUCUGGUUAUCGGGAAGGGGCGAUACAAAGGUCCUAUUAUUCGGCGAUGA